ACGAAGUGUGCAUAAAUUAGUAAGAGGGUGAGGUUUACAUCGAGAGAGACAGAGAGGAAGAGGAGAGCGAGUAAACUACGGGCAUGGCGGGGGAAACCAUGCGGAUAACGGCCUCGGCCACUUGCGGCGGCCUCCACGGACCCCGUCGGCGCCUCCUCCCCCUCGCUCCCCGUCGUGGCCUCCUUGGGCCCAACUACUUCUUCACCGCGGGCCUUCGCCACGCCGCCGCCUCCGACCUCUUCGGUAGCCUGCGCCUCAGGUCGAGUCCGGCGGCCCCUGCGUUGCAGGAGAAGUGCCGGAGGGUUCCUGUGGUGUCCAUGGCCGGUGAUGAAACAAAGCGGCAAGUGCCAUUGAAGGACUACCGCAAUAUUGGAAUCAUGGCACACAUAGAUGCUGGAAAAACUACAACCACAGAGCGUGUUCUAUACUACACUGGGAGAAAUUACAAGAUUGGUGAAGUACAUGAGGGCACAGCAACAAUGGACUGGAUGGAGCAGGAACAAGAGAGGGGAAUCACUAUAACCUCAGCAGCAACCACCACCUUUUGGAACAAUCACAGGAUCAAUAUUAUUGACACUCCUGGUCAUGUGGAUUUUACACUUGAAGUUGAGAGAGCGCUUAGAGUAUUAGAUGGAGCUAUAUGUUUGUUUGACAGUGUUGCUGGUGUGGAACCGCAAUCUGAGACUGUUUGGAGACAAGCUGACAAAUAUGGGGUCCCCAGAAUAUGUUUUGUCAACAAGAUGGAUCGUCUUGGAGCUAACUUUUUCCGAACAAGGGAUAUGAUAGUUACAAACUUAGGCGCAAGACCUUUAGUCAUUCAGUUGCCUGUCGGUGCAGAAGACAAAUUUCAAGGAGUUGUAGAUCUGCUGAAAAUGAAAGCUAUUAUCUGGUCAGGCGAGGAACUUGGUGCAAAAUUUGUCUAUGAGGACAUACCUGCUGAUCUCCAAGAAAUUGCUCAAGAGUACAGAAACCAGUUGAUAGAGACUAUCGUUGAAUUAGAUGAUGAAGUAAUGGAAAAGUAUCUAGAAGGAAUCGAGCCAGAUGAGCAGACAAUGAAGCAGUUAAUUAGGAAAGGCACCAUAUCAGGCUGUUUUGUCCCAGUUUUAUGUGGAUCAGCAUUUAAAAACAAAGGUGUUCAGCCAUUGCUUGAUGCUGUUGUGGACUAUCUACCUUCACCUCUUGACUUGCCACCGAUGAAAGGUUCUGAUUCUGAUAACCCAGAGGUGACCAUUGAAAGGCCUCCUAGUGAUGAUGAGCCAUUUGCUGGACUGGCUUUCAAGAUCAUGAGUGAUCCAUUUGUAGGAUCUCUUACAUUCGUGAGAGUGUAUUCUGGGAUGUUGUCUGCAGGUUCUUAUGUCCUCAAUGCAAAUAAAGGAAAGAAGGAGAGAAUAGGAAGACUUCUAGAGAUGCAUGCUAACAGUAGGGAGGAUGUCAAGGUAGCUUUGACUGGUGAUAUUGUCGCUCUUGCAGGACUGAAAGAUACAAUCACAGGUGAAACACUCUGUGAUCCAGAGAAGCCCAUAGUUCUUGAAAGAAUGGACUUUCCAGAUCCUGUCAUUAAGGUUGCGAUAGAACCCAAGACCAAGGCAGAUGUUGACAAAAUGGCAAUUGGUUUAAUUAAGCUUGCCCAAGAGGAUCCAUCUUUCCACUUCUCAAGAGAUGAAGAAACAAACCAAACUGUUAUUGAAGGAAUGGGUGAGCUGCAUCUUGAGAUCAUCGUCGACCGCUUGAAGAGGGAAUUCAAGGUUGAAGCAAAUGUAGGUGCACCCCAGGUGAACUAUAGAGAAAGCAUCUCAAAAAUAUCAGAAGUUCAGUACAUCCACAAGAAGCAGUCUGGUGGACAAGGGCAAUUUGCAGACAUCACAGUCAGAUUUGAGCCACUGGAGCCUGGCAGUGGGUAUGAGUUCAAGAGUGAAAUUAAGGGAGGAGCAGUGCCAAAAGAAUACAUUCCUGGAGUCAUGAAAGGGCUGGAAGAAUGCAUAAGCAAUGGUGUGCUAGCUGGCUACCCAGUUGUUGAUGUCAGAGCGGCAUUAGUUGAUGGCUCGUAUCAUGAAGUUGAUUCCAGUGUUCUAGCAUUUCAACUGGCAGCCAGGGGUGCUUUCCGUGAUGGCAUGAGAAAAGCAGGUCCAAAAUUGCUUGAACCCAUCAUGAAAGUGGAAGUAGUCACCCCAGAAGAACACUUGGGCGAUGUUAUUGGUGAUCUAAACUCGAGAAGAGGCCAGAUCAAUAGCUUUGGUGAUAAGCCAGGUGGUCUUAAGGUAGUCGAUGCUUUGGUACCACUCGCCGAAAUGUUCCAAUAUGUUAGUACCCUUCGUGGGAUGACAAAAGGACGCGCAUCUUACACAAUGCAGCUUGCACAGUUUGAUGUUGUCCCACAGCACAUCCAGAAUCAACUCUCUGCCAAACAGGAAGCUGUCUCGGCUUAGGACGAGGCCACAAAUCUUGAAAUUCUUUUUGAUCCUCAUGUUUGGAGUCAGACAUAGCAGUUUGUAAUUUUCAUAUUUAUUGAAAAUAUAAAGGGCUGUGUUCCUGUCGACAGUAGGUAAUUUCUUAUUUUUGCCAGGUCUUCCUGCUUUUUCAACAAUUUUAGUGAAGCAAGAUCUGAGUUAAUUAUGUUUCCAAUAUUCAUAUCCAAAGUAACAAUACAUAAUUGGUGUGAUGACUGCCAUCACAUGAAAGUUUAUGUGGUUGUUCA